CCACAAGCACGUACAGUUAUACAGAGAGCGGAUGAUAGAGAGCGGGAGUCACAAGAAGGAUUGCAUAGCUAAGCUAGCCGGUUCCAGUUUCUCCAUCUGUAUGCGCGUUAAUUGUCAACGUUAACAGAAGAGAGUACAGUUAGCUAUGUGGAAGGAUUGAGGCAACAUCCCGGUCUGCGAUAGAUCUCUCAGUAGCCUGCGCCAGUCUCCUAUGUAUGACCCGUCAUGCAUGUGAGGAUGGUCCAGUUUUGGAGGAACAGGAGACAGAGGGACAGAGACAGCUUCAUUGCCUGCUCCUGCAGCAACUGGACACGGAUGUUAACAUAGACAGAUGUUUUGCAAAGAGGAAGUGUUUUGCCCCUGCGGCACUGUACAAGCCUUUCGGAGAGCAGGCUGCCGGCGUGAGGAGUCUAUCGCAGUUUCAGGCUCUCCAGGAUGGGGAGAGGGAGCUGGCCAGUCUCAGGGAGCUGGGGCUCACAGACCUGGAAGUAGAACUGUGGCUGAACAGACACCAAGCAGAGAGCUCUGACAAGAGUCAUGGAGUGUGUGCAGCCCCUGGGGCAAGACAGCAGCGUUUGCAGGUGAUCCAGAAUAAGAUAGACGCCAGGUCGGAACUCAUGUCCCGCCCACAGCGUUUCUCAGCCAGCCGACCUCUGUCCCGCAGAGAGAUGGAGAUUGAGAAGGCCCUGUUCCAUGGCAAUGACCGCCUGGGCUUCCUGACUGCUCUCUAUCACCAAGAGGAAGAUGGACAACCUGACCAGCAGGGGGCAUCCUCCUCAGAUCCCCUGGACUCCCUGUACAGAGAUGUGCUUACUGACAGGAGAAAACAGAAAGCUGUAUCAGAGGAGUCCACAGGAGACUCAUCUUUGCCUCAACCUCGACCACAGACUGACUUUGAUCAAUCACAGAGCUCAUGCCAAAUCACUGACCAAUCACAUGUCCUGCCUGUCUGUCAAUCUGAUAUAUUGAGUGGCGGGAUCAAGGACUCUGACAAAUUAGCCAUAACUUGUGAGGCUUCUGGCCAAUCACAAGCUCAAGACAGACCUGGACACAAGCGACUGGCAGCUCCAAAGAGUAUCAAUGUGAGGCAGCCAAUUGGUAGCCUGUGUGGUGUGGCAAAAUCAGGCACUGGGGGACCAAUGAUGGUCCAGGGCGAAGUAGAGGAGAUUUCAGAGGAAGAGAUUCAGAAGAACCGCGAAACAGAGGAAGGGAUCCGGAACAUUCCACGGUUCUGCAGCUACCAGCCAGGGGUACCAUCAAAGGUGUUGUGCGUGAAGAAUCUGAGCGCUCAUGCCUCUGUGUCCCAGCUGGUGGCGCUGUUCUCCAGGUUUGAUCAUGACGUCGACCGGCCAGUGCUAUAUCGUCUGCUCACUGGCAGACUGAAGGGUCAGGCCUUCAUCACACUAUCAGACACAGAAACAGCCCGAAGAGCUUUGGAGAUGGUGAAUGGCUACCGGUUAAUAGGGAAACCUCUGGUUAUAGAGUUCAGCCGGGAGCGAAGGGUGGAGCAGGACCUGAAAAGGGAGAAUGAGGGGGAGAAAAGGAAAGAAGGAAGCGAGCAGUCUCUCCCUGAUCCCAGUGCUGCUGACAAUAUAGCGUCAGCACCGGUCGGGACGUGAAUAAGAGACUGACCACAUGUCAAAGGAAGACAAUGGUAGACGUCUAGGUGCUUUUCAGGAACCACUGGUUUGACAUUUUUGGUUAUUGUGCAGUUUGGUGGGUGUCUGAAGGUCAAUGAAAAUUUGAAUUCAUGCAUUUUUUUAAAUGUAUUAUUGCAUUGACAAUAUGAAAUCUGAUUAUGAAAAUAAUUAUAUUUGAAGAGUUUUAGAAAUCUUGCUCCCAGUCUCCAAAGUGUCAUUCCACUGGUGUUCACUAGAGGUCACUAAUACACUUCACUGCUUGUCACAAGUGAUUCUCCCUUGGUCCCACUAACAAGAAUGCCACUUUAAUGUGUUUAGGGAUUCUGUUUGGCUUUAGUCUUCAUGUAUGUCUCUGGAGGGAACACUUAAGUGAGUUUUGCAUGGUAUUCUUUUCUCUUUUCCCACAAUUUUUUUUCUCCUAGCCUAUAAGUCCAAAUAAGUACCUCUUAUUACAAAAUGUAACCGCUGUGCUUAUCCAAAGCGACUUAAAUAACUGAAUGCAUAUUUUUAUAUUGGCCCCGAUGGGAAUCAAACCCACAAACCAGGCAUUUUAAGUGUCAUGCUUUACCAAUUAACCUGAGCUACACAGAUGUUAUCACUAUUAGGGUUUUUUAUCUGCUGUGUUUAGUGUCAAUCAGCAGUUCAAACAGCAACGUUUGACAGUCCUGGCUUUUAAAAACCAGAGGAAUGAGGAUGAAUAAAUGUGAUACUGAAAUGGUAGCCAGGACCUGACCAUCCAUGAUAGCUCAAAAUCAUAGCUUUUACUAUGUUUUGAGGGUUUACAUAUACAAACCUUUGAGUAAAGCAGACAUUUUGUGUUGGAGUGACAUACAAUUAAACUACAACUUAUGUUAUUGAAGGGUCAAUGAGAGCAUGAUUCAUCAGUCCAGAAAUAGAACUACCAUUUGUGAUGAUUGCUUAAAAACGGUAAAAAGAUAUGCUUGGUUUUUAAGUAAUUCGAAUUGAAGGGCAGUUCAUAAAUAAAAGGAACCAGCUGCAGGGUUGUUGUAUUCUGGUAAAGUGCCAGACCCUCAAAACACACUAAGUUUGAAUGUAACAGUAUAAUCACAUACUGAGAACAGAAUGUAAUUUUCUUUCCCUCCAGCAGUAGGUUACAAUCUGGGGGAUUUGUUGGACAGCAGCAGUUUUUGAGGACAAUAAAUUAUUUGAACCAAAUCUCAUUGUUACUUUGCUUUCCCAAUGAUACAAAGAAACAAAGGUCUUGUCUAUCUACAGAAUUUCUCUAGACAAAAACCAGGCUCUAACCUGUUUUCCAAUAUCCUCUCACAGAACCUCAACCCCAGUAACCCUGAGUCACCAACAAAGACACCAACUGUUGAUUAGGGAAACUUUGCUAUGUGUUUAUAUGCUCCCUUUUCUUGUUUGUCUUUCAUCCAUGGUUCAUGGCUGUUUUUGGAAUUGGAGGGAGAUAAGCGUCCCUUUUGCAGAAGAUUAUAUUCCAGUGUCAAUAUGUCACUUCAGUUAUAAAGACAAUAGAAUGACCGUUUGAAGAUCCCAAUAUAUUUUAUUUAGCUCAAUCAUUGUUUUUUUCAGUGCAGUGCAAUGUUAUUAAAUGGAAAGUUUGUUUA